CUCUUCUGCUCCCCCGCUUCCAAAAUCCAAAUUCGAACAGCGCGCUGCCAAAAGAGAAGCCAGCACGCCGGCGGAAGCUCGAAGCCUGACUGCGCUCCGCGGAUGGCGGCCGGCGAGCCGACGCGCGCGGCGGUGGUGGUGGCGGCGCGGGCCGCCGCCAGGGAGGUGCCCCGGGCGGCGGCCGCGUGGGCGCUGGCGCACGUCGCGCGGCCCGGCGACGCCGUGCUCAUCCUCGUCCUCAUGCCGCCGCCGCCGCCCGCCGCCGCCUCCGGUAGAAGGCCGUGGAGCUUCCCCUUCUUCGCGGGGGCCUGCGCCAGCGCCCACGCCGCGGCGCCGGCGCAGCGCUCCGACGUCUCCGACCUCUGCGCGCAGAUGACGCUCACCCUCCGCGACCUCUACGACCCCACCAAGGUGAACCUGAGGGUGAGGAUCGUCGCCGGCGCGGGCCCCGGCGCCGUGGCCGCCGAGGCGAAGCGGGCGCUGGCGAGCUGGGUCGUGCUCGACAGGGAUCUCAAGGUUGAGGAGACGCGCUGCAUGGAGGAGCUCCAGUGCAACAUCGUCGCCGUCAGGCGCUCCCGGCCCAAGGUGCUCCGGCUCAACCUCGCCUGCUCCACGGAGGAGACACGCCCGGAGCCGGCAGCUCCUCCGCCCCAGCCCGAGCCCAGUGCUUCAGGUGAUGUGGAGCACGAGAUGGUCUCGGUCCGGGAACCCGCCGUGAAGACGCCGAGCUGCAUCCCGGACUCAGAGACGCCGUCCGGCAGCACCGACGACGCCGGAGCGUCCUCCUCCGUGUCGACCUCGGACCCCGGCGCAGCUUCUCCACUGUCUGCUUCCUCUGAAGCCGGCAUCUGCAUCUCUCUGAAGAAGAAGGAAGAAGCAGAGGAUGUGAGAGCGUCCUCCGUGCCAAGUUCUUCAGAAGAACCGGGCAUUUCUCCAUUGUGUGCUUUAGAAGAAUCAGGCAUCUCUCUGAUGAAGAAGGAAGAAGAAGAAUCCGAGGAAACAUCCUCUGUGUCAAACUCAACAAACCCAGGCAAUUCUCCAUUGCGUGCUUCAGAAACAGACAGCAGCUCUCUGAAGAAAGAAGAAACCAGGAAUGCCGAUGCAACCUCUGUGUCAAGCUCAACAGACCCUGCAACCUCUCCAUUGUUCGCUUCAGAAACAGACAGCAGCUCGCCGGAGACGGAGGCGUUCGACGAUUCCACCGGAGCAUCCUCCGCCGCAAGCUCAGGCCAUGGCACCACUACAGUUUGUGUUUCAGAAACAGAUAGUAGCCCUCUCAAGAGAGCAGCAGCCAAUGUACUAUCUGGCCCUGACAGUGAAGCUUCAGCUCCAACUCCUCAGGCAGCAUCAGCAGCAGCCUCGCCGUCACUCCAGCCAUGGAUGGCCGACAUCCUGCAGCGACCCGCCGCAUCCCCAAGACCAACACCAACCCGCCGAAGAACCCCGACGGCGGACGCGCUGCUGGAGAAGAUCGCCAAGCUGGACCUACUGACCGAGAUCAGCGCCGUGAGGAGCAGGUCCGACCUCAACUUCAGAGGCAACGUCAGGGACGUCGUGUCCCUCUCCCGGACCCCUGCGCCGGGGCCGCCGCCGCUCUGCUCGGUGUGCCAGCACAAGACGCCGGUGUUCGGGAAGCCGCCGCGGUGGUUCAGCUACGCCGAGCUGGAGCACGCCACCGGCGGCUUCUCCAGGGCCAACUUCCUGGCCGAGGGUGGGUUCGGGUCGGUGCACCGAGGGGUGCUGCCUGACGGCCAGGCCAUCGCCGUCAAGCAGCACAGGCUCGCCAGCAGCUCGCAGGGCGACGUCGAGUUCUGCUCGGAGGUGGAGGUGCUCAGCUGCGCGCAGCACCGGAACGUCGUCAUGCUCAUCGGGUUCUGCGUCGAGGGCAAGAGGAGGCUGCUGGUCUACGAGUACAUCUGCAACAGAUCACUGGACACUCAUCUCUAUGGCCGUCACAAGGAGACCUUGGGGUGGGCUGCCAGGCAGAAGAUCGCGGUCGGCGCCGCCAGGGGGCUGCGGUACCUCCAUGAGGAAUGCAGGGUCGGCUGCAUUAUCCACCGCGACAUGAGACCGAACAACAUCCUCGUCACGCAUGAUUUCGAGCCACUGGUCGGCGAUUUCGGCCUGGCUAGAUGGCAACCUGAUGGGGACAUGGGUGUCGAUACAAGAGUCAUUGGCACAUUUGGUUAUCUAGCCCCUGAAUAUGCGCAGAGCGGGCAAAUUACGGAGAAGGCCGAUGUCUACUCGUUUGGAGUUGUUCUUGUGGAGCUUGUCACUGGACGCAAGGCCGUCGAUAUUAACAGGCCCAAGGGCCAGCAAUUCCUGACUGAAUGGGCCCGGCCAUUGCUGGAAGAGCACGCGAUCGACGAGCUCAUCGACCCGCGCCUCGAGGACCGCUUCUGUGAGAACGAGGUCUACUGCAUGCUGCACGCGGCGAACCUCUGCAUACGGCGCGACCCGCAUUCGAGGCCGCGAAUGUCCCAUGUUCUGCGCAUCCUGGAGGGCGACAUGGUGGUGGAGUCCGGCGGCUGCAUCUCCGCGCCGAGCAGCGACGCCGGGAGCAUGAGCCGCCGCAUGCUGAGCGACCGGCUGCACUACCAGGAGCAGGGCAGCCCGGUUCGGUCCGAUUCGCAACGUGUCGGCGGGGUGAACCGCUCCCUUGAGACCACCCUGAGGAGCGCCUGGGAUGCUCAUGUGCAGGGCCUGUCUAACAGGUUCUGGUACCCUUCAGCAGCUGCCGCAGACUGCAGCCAGCACCAAAGAUGAUGCAAUGUGUGCUGCUCUCUGCAUCUGUGUAACCAUGUUAGCUGACUUGAGAUGUAGUAACUUUUUGCUGCUACUCUGUUUAUAUCAGUGGAGUAGAUAGUAUAGUAAUAGUGUUUUACUACAUUAUGAUGAGCCAUGGGUUAGCUCUUCUUUAUAUGGAUGAACUGAGACAAGUGUGAUGAUGUA